UUAUUCCAGUUAGUUAAUUGAUUUGUUCUUUUGAGCAGAUUCCAAAGAUUGCUCAAAUGGUGAAAGCAAGGGAACUGCUCACAUUGUUGCUGGAGCUGUAGUAGGAGCAUUUGGCCUAGCGUUUGUUAUAUUAGGAAUCCUUUGGUGGAAAGGAUACAUGCCAGGCAAAAGGGGGAGAAAGAAAGAUAGAGAAGGACUUGAUGGGCAGACAGGGACUUUUACCUUAAGACAAUUAAAAGCUGCCACUAAUGACUUCGAUUCUGCUAACAAAAUCGGAGAAGGUGGUUUUGGUCCUGUGUACAAGGGUCAAUUGCCUGAUGCUACAGUGAUAGCCGUUAAGCAGCUUUCAUCCAAGUCAAGGCAGGGAAAUCGUGAAUUCUUAAAUGAGAUGGGCAUGAUUUCUUGUUUCCAGCACCCAAAUCUUGUGAAGCUUCAUGGAUGUUGUAUUGAUGGAGGUCAGCUAUUGCUGGUCUAUGAGUAUAUGGAAAACAAUAACCUUGCACGAGCAUUGUUUGGUCGAGAAAAUCAUCUUAAACUGGACUGGCCAACAAGUCGUAAUAUUUGUAUUGGGAUAGCAAGAGGACUAGCUUUUCUCCAUGAAGAAUCUGUACUUAAAAUUGUUCACCGAGACAUCAAAGCUACUAAUGUGCUGCUUGAUCGGGACUUGAACCCUAAAAUAUCCGACUUUGGAUUAGCAAAGCUUGAUGAAGAGGAGAAGACGCACAUGAGCACCCGAGUAGCUGGGACCAUAGGAUACAUGGCACCAGAAUAUGCAUUAUGGGGUCACCUGACGUACAAAGCAGAUGUUUACAGUUUUGGAGUAGUGGCCUUGGAAAUUAUUAGUGGGAAGAACAACAAUAAUUAUAUCCCAAGUGAUGACUGGGUUUGCCUUUUAGAUUGGGCUUGUCAUUUGCAACGAACUGGAAACUUGUUGGAGCUAGUUGAUGAGAAGUUAGGGUCCGAGGUCGACCAAAAAGAAGCAGAGAUCAUGGUUAAAGUGGCUCUGAUUUGUACAAAUGCCUCUGCAUCACUUAGGCCUAGCAUGUCCGAGGUGGUGAGCAUGCUUGAAGGACAAAUCCCUGUUCCUGACGUGAUCCCAGAACCAAGUACCUAUAGAGAAGAUUUGAGGUUUAAGGCCAUGAGAGACCUCCACCGGCAGAGGCAAGAUCAUAGUUUAAGUAUCAGUGGAACACAGCAUUCAACUACGGUCCACACAUUCGAGUCUACCUCUACGUCCGGCCUUGAAUUCUCUGAAAUCAAUCCAGACUCAACACCCUCUUGACAGUUGUGGACAUUCUGGUUCUAUAGUAG